AUGGAACAUUAUAAAUCAAAAGGUAAACACAAUCAUAAUCAUACUCAAAUAAAUCAAAAACAAAUAAAUGAACAAUUAUAUUAUAAUAAUCAACAAUUUUAUGAUGAUCAACAACCAUUACAACAUGAAUCACCAGGGGAAAUAAAAACAAGAAGUAGAAAAAAUUCUUUACUUCAAGAUAAAAUUAUAAGCGAUUUAAUUAAAACAUUACAACAAAAUGAAAUUUAUACUUUAAAACAAUUAUAUAGAAAUAAUUUUCUCAUAAUAAAAAACACUGAUAGAUGUUAUAGGUUAUGUUUAUCAUUCGAUUUGCCAGCAGAUAGAAUUGGAUUAAGUUCUUUUACAACAAAAUUAUUAGAGAAUGAAAAUUUUGAAGAUUAUUGCACUGUUUCAAAAUUACCACCAAUUUUUUUAACUUUUAAAUAUAAUGAUGAUUAUCCACUCCUUUCAAGUUUAGAAUUUUUCAAAUUAGAAUGUGAUUGGUUAAGUGAAAAUUGUUUGUGUACAUUAUCAAAUCAAUUAAUUACACUUUGGAAUACUAAUAUCAACUUACCAAUCAUUUCAAUCUGGGCAAAUUGGUUAAAAGAAGAAUCUUUAUUUUUCUUAAAUUUAUAUUCAAUACGUACAACUACAACAAUUAUAACCAAACAAUUUGAAAAUGAUCAUCAAAAUGAUGAUAAUGAUAAUGAUGGUGAUAAUAAUGAAAAUAAUGAAAAUGAAGAUAAUCAAGGUAAUCAAGUGAAUGAAGAUAAUCAAGAUAAUAAUGGUGUUGUUGAAGUAAAUGAUAAAAAUAAUAAUAAUAAUAAUAAUAAUAAUAAUGAAGGUUUUAAACAACAACAACAACAACAACAACAAAAACAACAACUACAAAAUCAACGUCAACAAAUAAAAUCAUCAUCAUCAUCAUCUUUAUCUAAAAGUGGUAAAAUAAUUCAACAAUUACCAUUAUAUUAUGAAGAAUCAAUUAUAAGUACUCAUUAUAGUUUAACAUUGCCACCAAUGUAUAUAAAUGAUGUUCAAGGUCAAGAUCCAAUUUCAUACUUGGUCUCUUGGGAUAUAGAAAAUGAAGUUUCACCACAUAUUUAUAAUAUUAAAGUUUGUACAUUAUGUAGUUCUGAUCAUUAUAAUGUUGAUUUUAUAAAUAUUUUUAAUUGUAAUCAUAAUUUUUGUCAAGAAUGUUUAUCAGCUUAUGUUACAUUAAAUAUUGAAAAUGAUACAUUGGAGAGUAUAAUUUGUCCAGAUCAAGAUUGUCAAGUUUUAAUUUCACCUUUUGAAAUUAAAGAUUUAGUUAGUACAGAUACUUAUAAAUUAUACUUAGAAAGACUUUCAAAUAAUUUAUGUGAACAUUGUGACCAAGUUUUACAAUUAUUAAAAGAAACUGAUAAUGAAAUUAAUAUUAAUAAUAAUAAUAAUAAUAAUAAUAGUCAUAACCAUCAUCAUUUAAAAUAA